CAGGGGACAAGUAGAGGACAGACAGGGGCAGAUAGAGGACAGACAGGGGCAGAUAGAGGACAGACAGGGGACAAGUAGAGGACAGACAGGGGACAAGUAGAGGACAGACAGGGGCAGAUAGAGGACAGACAGGGGGCAGGUAGAGGACAGGAGACACGCAAAAAUACACAAACAAUGAUACACAAACAUAGACACAAACACACACACACACACACAACACACACACAGACACACAAAUACACACACACACACACACACACACGCACAAAGAUACACACAUACACAAUAAUUAAAUCUUUGCCUCUGCUAUUCAAAUGUUUCCAUGCAUCACAACUAUUAAGCAGUUACGUGGAGCCUCGCCUUCGUAGAAGAACAAUUAGAUAAAUGUUCUGCUCUAAACUUAACAUGAGUUUUAAUUACUGGGUUCAAACUCAAAAUGUCACUGGACAAGUUUCACCUGAGUUAACGACUCUGAGUAAGCUUCCACACACCUAGCGUCCAAGUACGUGAAAGGGAGGGACGUCUCUGGCUCUGACAUCAUCAUGAUCGUCACUCAUUCGUGAUUCCUCCUGCAUCUUGGUAUAUAUAUACACAGGGUGAAGAGACGAGGACAGACAAGGACAAAGUCAAAGAAGAAGAAGAAGAGACAGACAAAGAGAGAGAGCUACUGCAACUGUCAAGGAAACAUCGUCACUUCACUUCAGAAUCUGAAUGAUGGUCAGAUUCAGUUUUGGAGAAGAAAGCGGAGGAGAACAGAGAGCAUUCAAAAUGAUCGCCAAGACUUUUCUCUUUGUUGUGAUACUGAUUGGGCAACCAUCAAAUAGUCAAACAACAGCACCCACAGAAAAACAAACUGCAGCAAUUAUCGCGUCCACCUCAGCAGCAGCAGCAGCAACUGCAGUGGCCGCCUCAACAGCAGCAGUCACUGGAGCAGCAACCAAAGAAUUAGAAGCUGCGAUAACCCAGGCACGAGCAGCAGCUCGAGCUGCCACCUUAGCAGCAGAUGGAACAGCAUCAGUAUCCCUGGCAGUAGCAGCAGCCGAAGACGCUGCAGAAGCAGCAGAAGCAGUAGCAUUAGCAGCCAUACAAGCAGCAGCAAGUGCACCUGCAUCAAUUAGAGAGGUAAUGGCAAAUAUAGCCAAGGAAUCAUCAAAAGCUGCAAAGGCAGCAGCAACAGCAGCAAAAGCAGCAGCAUCUCAAGAAGCAUUGGUGGAAACAGCAGAAGCUGCCAAAGAAGUGGGGAAAUCAUCCAACGAUGCAUUGGCGACAUUAUCAGCAAUCCCAGCAGGAAAAGCAGCACAAAUGACAGAAGAAUCACGUUCAGCAAUAGCAACAGCAAAAACAGUGGCAGACAUCGCAGGAGCAACAGCAUUGUCAGUAGAAUCAGUAGUAAAGGCAGCAACAGCCAACAACUCUGAAAUAAUGACAUCAAGUACAAAUGCAGCAGCAAGAAGUGCAACAGCAGCAGCAGGCGUUCAGCUUUCACUGGUAUCAGGGACAAAUGUAACCCCUUCUACAGCAAGCCCCACACCAGGCAGCAGUGCAGCACCAACCUUGGCAACAACAACAGCUAAAACAACAACAACAACAACAACAACAACAACAACAACAACAGCAGUACCUGUAGCAGUUAAAGCAAAGGAAACUGCAGUCGUGGCGUCAACAGCAGCAGCAUCAGCAGCAGCUGCAGCCGCCUCAGCAGCUGCUGCAGCUUCUGGACCAGCAGCAUCCACAGCAGCCAGGAAUGCAGCAAUAGCUGCAAAACAAGCAGCAAAGGCUGCUGCAUUAGUUGCAGCAGGGGCAGCACCAGUGGGAACAGCAGCUGCAGCAGCAAGAAAAGCGGCUGAAGCUGCAGAUCUGGCAGCACAAGCAGCCGUAGACGCAGCAUUAAAACAAGGAACAGCAGGACAAACGCAACAAGCAGCGCUGAUAGCAGCAUCAGCAAUUAAGUUAGCAAAUGCAUCAAAAACAGCAGCAGCAGCAGCAACGUCGGCAGCAGCUGCAAACGCAAAUCAGGCAACAAUCUCAGGAGCUGCUGAAGCUGCCAGAUCAGUGGCCACAGCAUCAAAAGAAGCAGCACAACAACUGCAGGACGCUUUAUCACAGGCCACAGGCUCGACCGCAGCAGAGAAAGCAGCAAUAGCAGGGGCACAGGCAGUGGCAGAGAUGGCACAGGCAACAGCAACAGUAGCCACAACAGCAGCGGAAACAGCAGUAGACGCAGCAUCAGCAACAUCAGCAACAUCCGCGGCAGAACUCACAGCAAUAAUGACAUCAGCAGCACAAGGGGCGGUGACAUCGGCCUCAGCCGCAGCAACAGCAGCAGAGGCCCUCGCUGACCAAACCGAGGCAGCAGCAGCAGCAGCAGCAGCAGGUGGAUCUGGGUCUGGGUCUGGGUCUGGGUCUGGAACUGGAUCUGGGUCUGGGUCUGGGUCUGGAUCUGGAUCUAGCUCUGGGUCUGGGUCUGGAACAGGAUCAAAUUCAGGAAGCAACACAACAGGAGCUGCGAGUUACAAUACGAUCAGCCUGGUUUCUGUGGUGAUCUCCGUCAUCGCUGCUCUGCUUCUGUGAGGAGCAACAUGACGCAGCUGCUGCACUGAGGGACUGACACGUUCUAUUGUAGAAUAUCAAGAUGUAUUUAUUCCUUUAUUUUAUCUCCAAUUCAUCAUGUGUGUACCAAAAUUAUGAACAUUUUAUAUUUGUCUUUGACAGGUCAGAAAGGUUGGAUCAAAGGAAAUGAGAAAGGGAACAAUGAUCAAUAUUUGAAUAAUCACUAAUCAGUAAUAGAGAUAUUCGACUCUUUAAAUGGCUGUAAAUUAUCAUAUUUAUUAUCCUAUUUAUUGUUAGCAUGGUUUGUACUGAAUGAAACUGUUUUUAUUCUAUAGUUUAUUGCAAUUCAUAUUCGUAAUUGUAAUUGUGACUAAUUUUUGAUUAUAAAUGAAAACAGCUGCUCUUGAUUUAAUUCAUGAAAGAAUGUGAUUAUGUCUUCAUCAAUAAAUGAACAAUUACUGCA